CUUGGGGGACAGCUAUAGUGUAGUAUAGGCUCUAUACGUGUAUUUCAAAAUGGGACCCCGGCGCCAAUACUGACCGUCCUUCUAUACCAAGUCUUAUAUAUAUGUUGCCGAAAACUCGAAAAUAGUACACAAACAAGCAGUACUACCAACCAAUAGCAUUUUUUGAGAAUCGUGGCUCCAUUCGUGGUUAGGUUAGGCCAUUGUAAAUAUGUGCGUUGCGUAGAUUCAUGAUCAUGAAUGCGUUAAGAUAACAAACACAUCUACGUAGCUACUUAUAAAUAUUUUCUACGAAGUUAAAAAAAUACAUUUGCUUCUCAAGACGGCGCGUGUAAUAACGAUAGCAGCGUAAAAAUACGAAACACAACUGUUAUCUGUCAGAUUCCAGUGUGUCCAGUAGCACUGCCAACAACAGUGUCUACUGUCUAGAUACAGAGAGCAACAUUAUGCUGUGUAUAAUUUUUGUUAGGAUUAGAAUGGUCUGAAUGAAAAUGAAGCUGUUCAAGCUUAUCGUUCACCAGAAAAACUUCUGUGUCGAAGACCUUAUUAUCAAUCCUAAGGAUUAUCCUGGCAUAAAAACUGGAGAUGUCGUUGAGAUAUACCAUCCUGAUGACGAAUUCAGUCGUCUCCUCCUUCAGGUUACUUCUUUUAAGGAGGACCUGCAAGGCAGAGAGACGAUUAGCGUUGAAUAUAACAUAGCCUCUAUGUUCCAACUUCGAACCUUUGGGGAUGUCUACAUGAAUGUUGUUAAUCCCGAUGAUGUAGCUUUGGAUUCUGUUGAACUAACAUUCAAAGACCAGUACAUGGGUCGCAGUGAAAUGUGGAGACUGAAGAAUAGCUUGGUCAACACAUGUGUUUAUAUGAAUAAAAAGAUAGAAUUUUGUGGCAGUAGCAUACGAUGUCAAGUGUAUGAAAUGUGGUCACAAGGUGAUAGAGUAGCUUGUGGUGUGAUAACGGAUGAUACUAAGGUUGUGUUCCGUUCAUCCACAAGCAUGGUCUAUCUCUUCAUUCAGAUGAGUUCAGAAAUGUGGGAUUUUGAUAUUCAUGGUGAUCUUUAUUUUGAAAAAGCUGUCAAUGGAUUUUUGGCUGACCUGUUUCAAAAGUGGAAGAAAAAUGGUAGCAAUCAUGAAGUCACAAUUGUUCUUUUUUCAAGAACUUUUUACAAUGCUACCAGCCUUGAAGAGUUUCCUAAUUACAUGCGUGAGUGCCUACAACAAGAUUAUAGGGGAAGGUUCUACGAAGAUUUUUAUAGAGUAGCAGUCCAGAAUGAGCGUUAUGAAGACUGGAGUAAUGUGCUUGUGCAGCUGAGAAAGCUAUUCACAGAUUACCAAAAAAUUGUCUUAGAGUAUCAUCAAAAACCUGGUAUCAUAAUACCCAAAGCAACCAAUUCUACAGCAGCACAGGGAAAUUUUUUGGAAGUAUUAAAUAUGUCACUGAAUGUUUUUGAGAAACACUACUUGGAUCGUAGCUUUGACAGAACGGGUCAACUGUCAGUUGUUAUCACACCAGGAGUUGGCGUUUUUGAAGUUGAUAGAGAACUAACAAACGUUACGAAGCAAAGAAUCAUUGACAAUGGUGUUGGCAGUGAUUUGGUCUGCGUUGGAGAACAACCUCUCCAUGCAGUGCCAUUGUUAAAGUUUCACAACAAAGAUUCAUCUAUGAAUGUCCCAGACGAUUACAGCAUGCCUCACUGGAUCAACUUGAGUUUCUAUUCAACCAACAAAAAAAUACCUAAUUCGACGUUUAUCCCUCGAAUAAAACUGCCGCAACGAGUUUCUAAGUGUUCCAGUGAAAAAAGUAAUGGAAAAAUACUCAACAAUAAAGGCAGAAUCUUGCAAGAAGAAACUCGCGAGUACCUCCACAACUCGUUUUUCGAUUACGAUGCCUAUGACGCGCAGGUCUUUCAGCUACCGCCUAUCCAUACGUCCGGCCUACAGCGGGUGUCGACGAGAACGAAGAAGACGAGCGUUGUUUGUAUGGAGACACACAAUAACGCACAAGCACUGAAGCUCUUGAAGAGAAAGAUGUCUGAUCCGGAUAUUCAUCAUCCGCCACCCGAGAGUCAUCCUUCCUCACUAUCAGUGAUUGCGUCUAAUUCGAGCUUGAGAAGCGCUGCCAUAUCGAUCCCAUCAUCAAAAACUGAGCCUGUCACGAGUAAUGGAUCUAAUAGUGAAGUUACUGACAAAAAUAUCUCUGGCAUAGCAGCGGUUUCGCGGACAUCUCUGAAGAGUGACGUAACCGACGGUGAGAUCUCUCCGCCUUUUAGACCAGUAGUCGGAAGCGCAGGUAGCCCGACCAACUCCGUCGCGCACCAACCAGCCACCGGACAUCGUCCAAGUCGCGCACUCAUCAAUCCAUUCGACCCGUCGCACGUGACGAUCAAGUUGACGAGCAACAGGCGUCGCUGGACCCACAUCUUCCCUAAGGGCCCAACUGGCGUUCUCAUACAACAGCAUCACUAUCAGGCAGUACCCGCUGCUGCUCAACAGAAGCAAGAACGAGCUAACGAGACCCAGCAGAGUAGUGCAACUGCAGAUACCACGUCGGUGCUCAGCAGCUCGCCAACCGAGCAGAGUUGCUCCGCCACGAUGUCCAUGUCACGCUCGGUAUCACAGAUUUGUUUCAACGAAAAUUCCAAAAGCAAAUCCCGCAUGAAUCUUCAAUUGACGAACAACGUCGACAAGAGAACGAGCGGCUCAAAGAGUCUUACACUGCUCUGGGGUGCCACGGGUGAACAGGAAUGGACACCAGCUCUCACAACGGCGAUCAUAGGCGUCGACUGGAAGUCGCUGACGAUUUCUGCGUGUUUGCCGAUCACGACCGACUACUUCCCGGACAAGAGGAGCUUGCAGAACGACUACGUCGUCUCGGACUACAAUCUACUGCCAGAUGAUGUCAAUGCAGACUUUGCCCAACAACGCGCGAUUUAUCGCAAACCGCUGUCCACUGCCGAAGUCUUUAAAGAGCUCGUCUCUCAGCGACUGGCUCAGGGAUUUCAGCUGAUCAUUCUGCCGCCGAACAAGAACCAGAUCUCGACACCUGGCUCGAAUUCGGUACCACCUAUUAGCUCCGUAAUGAGAGGACGACAGACUGACUCGGAACACAAGGAGGAGUAUCUGCUGAGCAUAGGAAGGAUAUUUCAUAAGAUCUCGCUCUGUGGAAAUUCUAUCAGUGUUACCAGAUAUAGACCAAGGCAUCCGUAUCCACCGUUCAACAUUCACUAUCGGUAUCGAUUUCACGCACCACAUCACGACACCUACGAAGUUUCUUGGGUCUCCUUUACAACGGAAAAGCUGGAGAAUUACAACUGGAAUUAUUUGGACCACUAUAUAUGCACGAGGGGUGACACUGAUUUCGCUCUAGUUGAAGCGUUAAAAUAUUGGAGGUUCCGGGUGUUCCUGCUACCGCUGCACAACCAAGCAACGCGUAAGAUUCUUGAGGGCUCGCCUCACUGUGACAUCUACACACCAUCUACAUCGGCGGAACAAACCACGUCGAUGGACGGUUUCCUUCGUUUCAUCGAGACAUGGCUCAACAAGAUCCGUCGACCGCAUCCGAACAAAAAUUGGAGCCCGACAGCUUUUGGCGGGGUACCCCCGAGAGAUCCUGCCUCUCAUCUGACCAGACGCAGGCACAGCACGAGCCUGGUAUCCCUCACUAACCAGGUUGUGCGUGAGAGAGUGACGGGGUUCUUUGUACAGGAAAAGCACGUAGUGAAUGCAUCUGCGGCUGCUCGCACUUCCCUCGACACUCCUCGCCACAUACCAUGCAGAUCAGGAUCGAAGGUGAUGGAUCGCGGUCGAGUGUCACCGGCUAGUGAAGCUGUACUGCCCCUGUCGAUCGAGCAACAGCAGCAGCAACAACAGCAGCAGGAUCACUUGGAGAUUAACGACGAGAAUGUCGCAACAGAAGUGACGAAGAUCAAGAGCACAGCCCCGUACAGCGAGAUCCUCGAGGCGAUGCGUCAUCCGCAAUCAGGAGUCGGUUUUCUCACGCAGCACCCGUCGCUGCCCAGCCAGACCUUCGUCAGCGCCGACGCUGUCCAGUGGCUCAACUCUCACAUCGAAGGCGGCGUCACCGUCGAGGCUGCCAUCAACAUCAUGAAGGGAAUGAUCCAGGAGAAGCUCAUCUGCCACGCGUCCGGCGACUUCUCCAAGCCGUUCAUUCUCGGCUUCUAUCUGUAUCAUAUCGUUCUAGACAAGGAUAGUCAGAAAGGUAGCGACUAUUCGCCUCCGUUAGGUGACUUGCAGAGCUUCGAGAAUGAGUGGGUCGAGGUGGAGAUGCGCGCUCCCAAAGGCUGGUGCGAGCCUCAUUCUAACAGUUCCUCGAAUCUACACUCGAACAUAACUCACCCCAUAACGAUUCCCAGCUGUGAUACUAUAGACGAAUCCAACGUUCCCGUCUUUCUUAGAAAUGACCUGGAUCUGUCCGACGUCACGGACGAGAGAGAUUGGACGUUACCUAUGUACAAACAUACUCAUCUCGACAUCGACAUCAACAAUAAGAGCGAUAGAAUAGAGUGGGGACACCUGAGGUACCAGUCAAUCUACAAACCGGACCAUUCCUACGAACUAGUCGUGCAGUGGGUGGCUGCAUCGGGUAGUAUAGUAGCCGAUCUCAUAUUUAUUUGGCAGCGAAAAGCUCAGAGUUGCGGAAUCCAGAUGAUACCGAUUCCAAGCGACUUGUUGGCACUGCCGUUCACCACAAAAAGUGAUCCAUUGCGCGGACCAAUUUUUAUUCCUCUUGACACUGAGUGCCUCAUGGCCGGCAAAAGAUAUCUCUUCGACGAGUUCCGGGAAGACACGUACGCCCAGCGACUCUUCCUCUUUCAAGAGGCGAUUCUGCAGCGCUUCGGCUUCUUGCGUUGCUUUGUCGAGGGCAACGAGAACGUCCAUCAGUAUGUGCACGUAACCGGCAGUGCUUUUAUUCUCGUGCCAUCGACGAUGAAUCCGCGACCAAGACAACACACGGGCACUAGUGUCACCCGACGCAGCGCAGGCCAGAAGAGGUAUCCCGUGCACGCAGAACAGCCAAGUCCGCAUGAAGCAUACAUCACCAGGCACGUAAGCGGCAAGAACAAGGAUGACUACAGCAUGGAUCGACGGAUGGGAUUCCUGUGGUCGUGGAAUCACAUGCUGAGCCGAAAGUGGAAGUAUCCCACUACGAGCACCGGCGACGAACUUUUUCAAAAGAAGAUCAUUCAAGACUUCAGGCACUUCUGUUCGAACGGUGACAAUCGCCUAAAGAGAUUCUGGGAAUCGUGCUGGGAGCUCAAAGAAAAAUUCUGUACAAAUGCAAAAUGAUGAUUCGUUGAACUUGUUCCUUACUCGUGAUCACGCAAAUGCGCUUUUCUACUCUUUACUGAGCAAACGAGACUGCGCGAUUGAACUACAUUGUUUACAUUACAUUUUUUUUUAAACUAAAUUAAUUCUUCUGAAGGAAGCAGGCAAGACUCUGACAUGUUCCAUCGGAUUACAUUUACCAAGCCUGCAAGGCUUUUGUACAUCCCUUUGUCGAUUUUUUUUUUUGUUAAAGAGUUGAUACAGUUAAGCGUUGUUAUUUUUGUUAACUUUGUUAUAUCUAUGAACGCGAUACGUAUUAUUCUGUACAAACUAAAAUGAGGCAUUGAGAAAAUAAGUACAUACUGUUUAUAUUAUACCUCGAUUAGUCAAUACAUUUUAAAAUGAUAUAAUAACAACAAAACGUUUUGUACUGAAAAUAUACAUAUUAGUCAAAUAAUAAAAAAGAUAUCUUACGCAAA